GGCUAAAAACCCUCAAUUUAAGCUAGAAAUUAAGUUUAAGGCUUCGUAAACAAGAACACCGAAAAUUCAAUUUUGUACAUACGGGAUAUAUAUACCAUGAAUCAAAUGCUUUGUGACGUCAGUUACAGCAUGUUCUUCGGUGAACUAGCAUCUGCAAAAAAUCGAGGAAAACCAGGCCAAAAUUCUAUUUUCUGCCAAAAUAAAAAAAAAGAAGUCAAUUAAAUGCUACAGAAAUUGCGACGAUACCAUAAUGGACGUUUUGUUAAAUUUUGGGCCAAAUUGGAAGAGGAAUGAUGAAGAAAUGAUCGAGAAAUUUCAAUGUUAAAUCAUGGUGGUCAAAGACAAAAUGGCGGCACCUUCUUCUCCAAUCAAGAAAAUGAAACGAAACGGCUUCAAUGGUGUUGAAAGUCAACAAUAUGUUAUAUGUGUUACCCUGUAAGUUAAUUAUAUAACUACUAUCAAUGUAUAAAGCUGUUAUGUUUUACUUAUUUUACUUCUUACAAACACAUUUAAUAUUUUAUCCUAUUUUUCUUAACAAAAUAUUACCUAAAAACACGUUCAUUGCAUACAUUUAAAAAAAAAGAACAUGAUGAUUAUUAUCAAAUGAUACAGUAUAAUGUUCCAUUGUAAAGUUUCUCCUAAAUUUAAUCCCGUCAAAUAAAAAAUUUCACACACACCAUGAAAUUAUAUUACAGGUCCCCCUCCCCCCUCUCUUCAAAACACAGCCUUAAUUUAUCUGUAAAAUGUCGCUUUUUUGUUUAAUAUACCUAUAAAUUAAUGAGCUAUUUUUUAAUUCUCUGUAGUGAAUCUAUCAAAGCCAAGAUAAACCGUUGCUAAAGAAACUAAACAUGCAGCAGAAGAUGGUGAGUUGUUUUUUUUUCAGGUGAAUUAAUUUACGCGAUAUAUUGCAUCUGACUUUAGAAGUCGGUGGAUAAAAACGCUUCCCAAAAUUUUCGUUGCCAUGGCGACCAUGACGUUUUAAUAUGGCCGCUUUUCUUUUCCUUUAAACUAAUUCGAAAAAGGACAGUGACCCCAUUUUUUAUUUUGUUAAUCGUUCGAUUAGUGAUAAUAAAUAUUUCAGCAAACAUUUAAAAACAUUACCAAUGAGGGUGGGAAAGGGGGGUAUGGAUCACGUUUCACAACGAAAAAAAAGCCGUUUCACGAUUCACGUGUCUUAAAAAGCAAUUUCACGGAAAACUAGAUUCUCAUAAAAUAACAUAAUAAUAUGUUUAUGAAGACUAUGUUUAAUGCAUGGUACAGUAUCUACGCUUUAAGUUCUCUAAUUUCUCUACCUGUCAGUUAAAAACUACACCAUAACUUACAAGUUUGAGUGACGAGAAUGUACGACGACCUCCACGCGUGUCCUCAGCGUGAGGAACCUUGUCCUCAGCGUGAGGAACAUUGUCCUCAGCGUGAGGAACAUUGUCCUCAGCGCCAGGAACCUUGUCGUCAGCGCCAGGAACCUUGUCCUCAGCGCCAUGAACCUUGUCCUCAGCGCCAGGAACCUUGUCCUCAGCGCCAGGAACCUUGUCCUCAGCGCCAGGAACCUUGUCCUCAGCGGGAGGAACCUUGUGCUCAGCACUAGGAACCUUGUCCUCAGCGCCACGAACCUUGUCCUCAGCACCAGGAACCUUGUCCUCAGCACUAGGAACAUUGUCCUCACCGCCGGGAACCAAUCCUCACCGCCGGGAACCUUGUCCUCAGCACCUGGAACCUUGUGCUCACCGCCAGGAACCUUGUCCUCACCGCCAGGAACCUUGUCCUCAGCGCCAGGAACCUUGUCCUCAGCGCCAGGAACCUUGUCCUCAGCGCCAGGAACCUUGUCCUCAGCGCCAGGAACCUUGUCCUCAGCGCCAGGAACCUUGUCCUCAGCGCCAGGAACCUUGUCCUCAGCGUCAGGAACCUUGUCCUCAGCGUCAGGAACCUCGCGAAAGGCCUCCGAAGUUUUUACUCUUGUGCAAUCGAGUGAGGUCAUAUAAAUUUGAUUAUCUCGUAUCAUGUUUAUUAUAAUAAUCACUAUAAUAAUCACAGUUCACGAAACAGGCAUCCUUAAUUCUCAUUUCACGGAGCAUUUUUAUCAACAAUCACGCCUCACGGCUGUAGAACAAAUCACAUUUCACGACACUAAAAUCAAGCAUUUCACAUUUCACGCGAACAAAUAUUGACCAUUCACGGCUCACGAAAAUACCCUUUCCCACCCUCAUUAUUCUGCAAUUCAAAAAUUGAUGCCGUGAUUGCAGACUCAGGAUAUUCCCAUGAAAUGAGAAGAUUCAUAUGUUUUCUGUUUCUUAAACAGGGAACUUAAAUAUUAAGUUAAACCUAUUCCAAAUACAUUUUUAAACUAUUCAAAUGACGAAAGUUAUUGUUUUUUAAGCGUUUAUUAGCGAGUGGGAACCCAACAUGGCCGCCAUCUAUUCAAAUGGGGGUGGUUACCACCAAUGAUGGUGCUGGGAUAUUCUUGGCUUCAAUUUUACUAAAAGAGAUGCGCUAUACAGGUUGUCCGAAAAAACCCGGAAACUAUUGAAAUCACUUCUUGUUAAAUUUGAAUGCCCUACCAAACAGCUGGACGUAAUGAUGCGUAAAAUAUUGACAAGGUGCAUGUAUUAGAAUUUAGUUAGGAAUAUCUCCUGCUAAAGUGCGCGAUUUUCUGCUCCUGGGAAUUAAAAACAGCUUCUUAAACAGUUUCUUUAUGCAUAAAAUUUACUUAUGUCAAUCAUUUAUGCACUCGUGGGAACCAACAGAACGCUAAGGCAUUCAAAUUCUAACAAUUAAAUUGUUAUUGGUGAUUUCAAUAGUUUUCGUUUUUUUGGGGGACACCCUGUAUAGUGUAUAUAAGAUAUCUAUGGUUGUGUAGCUCAUUAUGUCUGCAGACUCGUCAUUAUAUUGUCAUAUAGUAUAAUAUCCUAAGGCUGUCAACUCUUUCACACAUUAAUACGGUCGCUUGAAAUAACUAAAGUAACGCAAUUUUCUGAAGAAAAACUCGGACACAAAACACCUUGGAUAUACUUUCUAAAUUUGUUAAUACUUCUUAGAGUUAAAAAAGUUUAGAAGUGCUUAAAUUUCUUCAAUAAAAAGUUAGUUUUCAUCGAACUUUUGCUGCAGAUAGGCGGGAUGCAAAUUGCUCGACAAACCAUCGGAAAACCAUCUGCUUAUUUCUUUCUUACCUCUGAACAAUGGGAAAAUUCCGAAUAUAAUAUAUUGCAGUCAACGAACUUUCUUCGGAAUUUUCCGAUUUUUCAGCAGCCAAUAAGAAUAAGCCGAUUGUUUUCCGAUGAUGACGUUUGUCGAGCAAUUCGCCUAUCUACAGCAUAAUUUCGACAAAAACGUUUUAUUGAAGAAAUUUAAGCACUUCUAAACUUUUUUCAACUCUAAACUAAAUUUAGAAAAUAUGUCCAAGGUGUUUUGUAUCUGAUUUCUUUCUUCAGAAAUUUGCGUUGCUUUUCUUGUUUCAAGCGACCGUAUUAAAUUAAUGUGUGUAAAUUUAUUGUAUGAAAGAGUUGCCAGCCUUAGGAUAUCAUACUAUAGACAAUACAAUGACGUAACAUGCGACUAUAAUGAGCUACACAAUAAAGCGCUGGGUAGCAAAUUCAGGCGAACUUUGUGUGCAUUUUAAUUUUUUUAACGCAUUUUAAGUAAAUACAUAUAUUUGCUGGGUUGCCUAUGAUAAUAAUUGCUUUUCAACAAGUACCAAUUGUUCAAAAAGACUGCCCUACAUCGUAAAAUUUCGUCUUGCUAUUUCUUUCUAAAUUUUUUCCUAAAAUUUUCAUUGCACAUUUUUUGGUAGAGUGAUAUGAAGGCAACAACUGGACGACACAAUUAAAGCGAGAGCAAGAGGAACAAAGAGGAACAACGAGGAACAGUGGUAUAAAAGACAUCGACAGAAUAAUGACCAACGAAGCCACAACUAUCCAAAGAUGAUAGCAGAUGUACGGUUUAUCACUGUUAUUUAAGAUUCUACACAAUUAAAUUCUGUUUAUUUUUUAUUUUUUAUUUUUUACCAUUAGGUAUGCCACCGCAUUUUAUUUUCACCCGGAUUUGUAUUUUUUAUAACACGUUAAGUUUAGUAAAUGUAGCGUUCAAAUCCAUUUGCCUAGUCCUUUCGUUGCACUUGUUAACAGAAUUUUUCUCCAUUUUUUAUGGUGGUUCACUGUAAAUUGACGGGACCAUGAUGGAUCAUCGACAGAAAUGAAGAACCUCCAACAACAAAACAGAAGAAACGACGAUGCAAAGAUACAGUGAAUGUAAGUUUUACUGGUGUAAUUUAUGCAAUAAUUUAAAUAUUUUUGCCCAAAGCCACGAGACUAUUCUCACGUUGAUUGCUACACCCUAUUAUUCUGACUCAGCCGUAGCGGACACUUCGCGAAGUAUUGGGGGCGGGGGAAUUUGAUUGCCAACAUCAUAUGACCACCUUCUGUAGCCGGAAAUCUCAAUGAUGUAAUCUUCUUUGCCUUAAAUUUCACGCAAUAUAUAGCUUUAUUGAAAAAUUCGUGGUUAAAAAAUUAUUGCUACAGCUUUGUUACAAGGGUGAUCCCCUACUCCUCCCGGUGUCAGUCGCUGUUACUCAGUUCUUCCUUUAUUUCCGUGUCAGUGGCGUGCUGGCAGGGGGGGGGGGGGUGGCCACGCCCCCCAGCUGGCAAUUCUUGCAAGGCGCAAAAAUGAAAAGGGGGCGCCGAUCCCGCGCCGAGUUUUGAAAGUGGGUUGGAAAAAACGCAUUCGAAAAAAUAUAUUUACUUCCUCCGAGAAAAGAUGUGUUUAUAGGCUUAUAAAACAGACUAAGCGCAUAGGCGACAAAGUGAUAUAUUAAAUUAUACAGACUAUUUUGUCUAACCGUAUUUGCUAAUUUGCUACCUCACGACACACACGAAAUCGUUCAUAUAGAAACAUGAACUGUGAUCACACGCAAUGUCUCAUCACCGGAAUAUUGGUCAGGUUUCGAAGCAAUCACGGGAAUUAUGCCCUUUUUUGCUGGUAUUAUGCCCUAUAUUAUGCUUCACUGCCCUUUAUUACGAAUCACAAGAGCGGCGCAAAUUAGAUAGUUUAAGUUAUGAUAUUAAUGUAAAGUUGUGUACGCAAUUUAGUUGUUUGCGCUAGAAACAUCAUGAGUAAUGUGAGUAAUGAAAUAAUGCUGAAACGCGCCCUUUUGGCAGCCAGGCAGGGAAACCUUAAAAUGCAUAUGCGUGGGGUCCGUGUGUUAUUGUAUAAAAGAGCUGCAUGUUGUAAUUGUAUUCAGAUCACUAGAUCAGUAGAGAAUAGAAUUGGGAUUAAAUUAAUCGCUGGAAGUUGUUAGCAUUGCAUAAUAUAAGUACUACUACUACUACUAAAUUCAAACCAAAUUGCAAAUUUCGACACGUUAUAAUGCCGUUUCCUGACCAUCAGAUUUCUGUCAAAUCUUCCCCCAAAGUCCAGGAAAUGGCAUUUCAGAGACUCUAAAUUCAAAACUUUCCUGGGGGGCAUGCCCCCGGACCCCCUAGACAAACCUCGCACCUGCGGCGCUCGGCUCGUGCCUUCGGCCCUCGUUUAUCAAGCGAAACAUUAUAGGGGCGCAUAUUUGUUGACAGUACCCAGUAGUACCCAGCACGCCACUGUUCCGUGUGAUAUGCUAAACCUGACUUUUAUGCACUUAAAAUUUAAAGAAAUUUUAGCAUUCUCUUCUUUAAAAGUAUAUUAAUAUUGUCGAUUUCAGGUAACCUUUCAACACGCUGUUCCCAAGUUGGUUGCGAACUUGCCAAUUACGUUGUCAAGUUCGGAAGUUGGGCGUGAACUUCGCAACGAAGUUCGCAAGUUCAUUUCAAAGUUCGAACAUUGAUUGUAAACAAAUGUUCAUAGUUGGAGUUGAAAUUACAGUAUAAGGCCCUAUAUGCACACAUUACUGCAAUAAAAUAUUGGUCCGGUGGUCUCCCAAGACGAAAAUGCCUUUUUAAAUAAAUUUAUAAAUGAAAUUUUUACAUUUGUUUACAAUCCAAGUUCGAACUUUGAAAUGAACUAGCGAACUUGGUUGCGAAAUUCCCGGCCAACUUCCGAAUUUGGAAAGGUAAUUGGCAAGUUGACAACAAACUUUGGAACCGCGCUUUGAAAAGUAAUCUGAAUCGACAAUAAGUAAAUGUUUCCUAUAACAUGUGUAGUGAAAUAUUCAAUCUAUUUUGUUACUAAUGGGAAAUAUCCUUUCAUUUCAAAAAGGUUGUUAUAUGGUGUGAAGCGGAAUCCAACGAGAGUGCGCAAGAAGGAACGACCGCCAGAUGAAGACCUACAACCAACAGAUCCUACAACAUCGCCAAGAUGAGAGUAACGCAAAUUUUAUCAAGGUAAGAGAAAAUCAAAAAUUAUUCGAGCGAUUUUUAAUCGUUUCUCAUUAAAAACCGAAAAAACUAUUUCGACAAUUUUGGAUAAGAUAACUGUUUCAAAAUAAAUGUUUAUUUAUCCUUCAGGAAAUAGAAAUUUUGCAUCAAACAUCCUACGAGCUUGUACGGAGAGAAGACAAAUGCGAAGUGAAGACAACUAGAUCAUCCAACCAAAGACAAUACACGAUUGAAUUGGCAGAUGAAGGAAUGGUAGAUGACAUGGACCCAUCAACAGAACGUCGAUGCCCGAUCAACAGAAACAACGAAAAUGCAAAAGUAAUUAAUAUAGAUGUAAGUAAUGUUAUAAAACUUUUGAAAUACAUGCACGCAGGAAUUUCUCGCUUUUUCAAACCUAAUAAUAUACCUGAAAAAGUGUUCUCGGGUUGUUGGUUCAUUUAAGUGGAUGGGUAAAUUAUUUACUUCAUAUGUAUUUCAUCAUUUUCAUGCCAGGAAGUGACCACGAAUUUGCUUCUGCAUAAUUUUCUCAUGUAUAUUAUUAAGAGGCAAUUUUUUUCAAUGUCGCGUAUUUGCAAUGAAAAGUGUUCAAAACCUAAAAUCUUUUUGGCGUUCCUCUCAAAAUUACUUUGUUUUAGCUUUAUUCUCUAGUUUAUAUAGUUAGCUACCUUUUUACAGUCUUGCCAAUAGAAGCGUUCCGAAAAAUGUUGACCAGUUCAUUUCCUGACUUCGAGGAGUUCCUCUGAACAAUUCCUCAACAAUUUGAUAAGUUCCUUAAAAAGUUCCUAACUUCCUGUUUCAUUGACCAAUCAGAUUGCUCAAAAAUAAAAUAUAAAAUUUGAUUGGUCAAUGAAACAGGAAGUUAGGAACUUUUUAAGGAACUUAUCAAAUUGUUGAGGAAUUGUUCAGAGGAACUCCUCGAAGUUAGGAAAUAACUGGUCAACAUUUUUCGGAACGCUUCUAUUGGCACAACUGUAAAUGCAUCUGCCGGUUGAGAAACAUAAAAUAAUAGUUAAAAAUUGUCAAUUAAAAUACAAUUAUCAAUGAUCUUUAAAAUUGACGUCAUAUUUACAACCAUAUAAGCAAAACUUACUGAACUUCAGACAUCAUUUUCUCUUUGGCGUAUCAUCUAAAAUCGCUUCAUUUUAGCAUUAUUUUACAGAUAAAGCACUAAACAUACUUUUUAAGUUAGUUUGCCGAUUGAGAAACGUAUCGAAAAAUAAAAAGUUUUGAAUUUAGUCAUAACCUCAAGUGGUAUAUUAUACGCAUUAGUUUUGAGCGCGUGUUACGUGACAUUGAAAAAAAUCUCCUCUUAAUAAGUAAUAGUAUGAUUUCUCGAGCAAUUUGGAAAAACACACACUCGUGAGUUUUUCAAAGACUUCAAAUUGCGCUCGUACUUCAGACUUAGGGACCGUUCAUUAAUUAUACGUCAGGGUGGGCUGUAGGAAAAAGAGCAGAAACGGGAAACGGUGCAAGUUUACGAUGCCCCCCCCAUUAAGGUGUUAAUUUUUUCAUGACCCCCCCCCCUUCUAACCGACAAUUUUUUUCACAGCUCCCCUGUUUAUUUUCACCAGUCGUACAAAUUUUUCCCAAAAAUGUUAGUUUCAUCGGGGUAUGGGGGUGGGUGGUAAAAUUCUCCAUGUACCCAAAAUUUUCUCCACAUGCAAACAUAAGAUUAUUCAGUACCUUCUCCCACCAGAAUAUGCUUAACGCUUCCCACCUCCUUUCACCAAUAAAACAUGAAUGAAAAGCUUUCUGAACCCAGCUAAAAACAAAAACCAUUUCUGCUGCAAUUGGUUUUGGCUGUAAGGGCCUGGAAUAUUUUGAAACUGGACAAACUUAAAAUAUUAAUAUGUCAAUUACGUCAAUUUGGCACCCCUUCAUGCUAUGACUUUGAAGCCCCCUCUUAACCAUAAAUUGUUUCCGUAUAACCUGCCCCAUUCUUUCCUCCAGUCUUGGUCCUUUAAUUAAUGAACUGGUCCCCGCGCAAUUUCAGUCAUCUUGGAAAAACUCACACGUGCAUGUCUUUUUUUCAAAACCCACUCGAGCUCGUAGAAAUGCCUAUACCAACAACUAAAAUUCCAAAACGUUGUUUGGACCGUGCACUAUUCUCAUUUCUUGUUGUUUCAACAGGUAGGUAUUUUGUCCACGUUGGUCAAUCAUUUUAAACGGCACGCGAAAAUAUUUUUAAAACAACAAGUUUUUGAGUUCUUUUCUGGCCGUUUCUGGUAAACAGCAGAUUCGCAAAAACAUAAAUUCGUUUUCGUAAAAAUGUACUGGACCUUUCUUCGCUCACUAGUCAAAGUAUUUCUGAUUGGAAAAUUCGUGAUUUUUCGUCGGAAUACGAGGUUCCCCGAAAUAUAAAGUUAUCCAAAAGCUUGAUUUUUAUACUUUUUUCGUUUCCAAACUUUCGCGUAGCUUUCCUGCUUUUCAACGAAGAAUUAAAAACAAUAUCUUGUCAGUGGAAAAAACUACGCCAAAAAAAACAAAUUAAACGCUCAAAAAUCAAAUGUUACAUUUCCCCUCCCCAGGUCUCCUGUCUGUUUACCGCGCCAAUUUUGACGCGUGCGCAGACAAAAUUCCUCCCCCCCCCCUUCCCCGCUACUGGAUAUUGCCCUCCAACAUGGUUGUCGUGACGUCACAUGAAACACUCGAUCAGCCUACACCUAUACGACCUUCUAUUUCUAAUUUCGGCGCUUUUCCACACGGGAAGACUGGGACCCACGCGCUUUAGGGGCAGGGCGGAGGAUGGGUGAAAACAUGUGACGUCAUACUUACCAAAUACUAGCCCAAAGUUGACCAAAACUUGCCGAGUAAAGGACUAGGUCUAAGCUGUCAUCGACAUUAUUAAUUAUGUACAUUAAUAUUUCACGUUUCGAAUUAUCAACUGAGUAAUAUUACCACGCAAUUUAAAAUUGUUAUUAUGGGAUUUGGCGCCGAAGCCUAAAAUAUCAACGGUAAUUUUUGGUCUCCGAUAAUUUGGUAAAUUGAUUGUGAGACCUGAUAUCUGAUAAAAAAUCCUGGCAACUUACAUAAUUCAAGUCUUUAACAUGAUUCGAUCCUAUUUCAUGGACUCAUGGAUACUUUUUUAAAUUUCAGAAGGUGAUGUGAUGAAAUUUUAAUGUGAUGAAAUGUGUAAGAGAUGACGGAAAGACCAAAACGAGCCGCUCACGAACGGCAUGGAGCCAAGAAAAGAAUGACGAUUCGCAACAAUCAGAAACCACGCAACAUUGUUAAUACGAAAGUAGCGAAAAAUUUUACCAAUGUAAGUUAGUUAAAGGCAAAAUACUUAUUUAAAGAUCAAAGGGGAUUCAAGUGAAUACAACGAUUUUCUCAUUGAAAUUAAGCAUGCUACGAUUUGGCAAAUUUUUCCACUUUGUUUUACAGUUUUCGGAGUAUAGAAAUAAUUACUCUCAAAAUCGG